AAAUGUCAGCAGAGGAAAGGAUUCACCACAAGUCGGGAGGCAUUCCACGCAGCAGAUCAGAAGGAAAUUUGAUUGACAUAGAUGAAAGAAAACCUUCAACAAAUGGCAAUAUAACAGGAGGACAAGAAGACUUAUGUGUUAACUGGUCUGAUAUAUUUACCCAGAAUGAUGGUCGUAUUUACGAAUCUACCAAUCCCUUCAGGGAAGAACUCUCAGCUUCUAAUCCAUUCUUAGAUGACAUUGCCCAGUUAAGGAACAACGAAAAGAGGGACAUGAACGUUUCCAUCUUGAAAGAAGAUCCUUUGCUUUUCUUUAGGGAAGCAGACUGUGGAAGUUCUUUUGAUUCAUCAGGUGAAGACCUAGGUACUCAUGACUUGCAAAGGAAGCCCUCAGCAAGGAAAUGUGGGAGGUCCAAAAGCGUUUCGGAGAUUCUAGAUAUUUUAGAUAGUCAGAACUAUGAUCCCGAGAGCCCAGGAGGCUCUAAUGAGAUCCUAGCUCAUGACAUGGAGUGGCUUCAAAAUGACCGCGAGGCCUACAAGAUGGCGUGGUUAAGUCACCGGCAGCUGGCCCGCUCCUGUUUGGAUUUAGGGACGAUGAGUCAGAGCCCAGGGUGGGCACAGACCCAAGCUACAGACACCCUCACCGUCUGCAGGCUAGACCACGAAGGAGGCUCAGUCCAGCUCCCCGAGUCGGACAUCACUGUCCACGUGCCUCAGGGACACGUAGCAGCCGGGGAGUUCCAAGAGGUAGCCUUGAGAGCUUUCCUUGAGGCUCCGCCAUCCCUCAACCACGAUCAUUCGUGCACCGUGAGCCCCCUGUUAGAAGUCACGUUGAGUAACCUCAACACCACGGAAGCCAUUCUUCUGGAAAUGAAGAUUGCCGCCGAAGUGAAGGCGGAUCCCUUCAGCCAAGUCAUGACGGAGAUCGUGUGUUUGCACAGCUGCCACAAAGGUGGGCCUUUCAGAGUCCUGAACAACUGUUACGUUUACCAAGAUACAGUCCAGGUGAAAUUAACUGACCUGAGUCGGGUGAGUUACCUGGUGGCGGUAGUGCAGGCUAAAGCCAUCACAUCCCCGGCUACCACGGUUUGGGAUUAUAUCCAGAGGACCAUCUCCGUUGGAAUUUAUGGGCCCAAAUAUAUUCAUCCCAGUUUUACGGCAGUUUUUACAGCUUGUGGACAUAACUACAUGCCUGGGAAACUCACAAUUUAUGAUAUCAAAAGGGGUGGAAAGAACACAUCCCCGGUCGUGUUUCAGCUCUGGGGGAAGCAUAAAUUUGUCCUCGACAGACCACAGGACCUUAGUGUUGUGCUGCUAUCUCGUGAUCCUGAUUUUGAGGUGAAGACGGAAGACCAACGGAAAGAAAUUAAAGAAGAGCAGUUGAAAGCAGGGGAAGUGGUCCACCGGCAAUUUCCGUUCUGUACCGUGGGACGAGGGGGAAGGCAUUUGUUCGUUUUUCUCGUCCAGAUCGAGGGUCGAAACCACAGCCCAGUGACGCAGUUCUACAUCACAACACCUGAUCCGGCCCCCAAGUUGCUUAGGUUCCCCGAAACACGGAAUCAUCUGCAGAAAAGGAAAGAGAUCAAAUCUGCUCCUCUGCCACUGCCCACAGUCAUUAAAUACCCCAGGUUUCAGGACAGAAGUUUGAGUUUUGCCCACUACGCUGUGACUCUCAAGACGGUGCUACGUCAGAGUAAGGUGGACUACUUACUCGAGUAUUUCAAAGGGGACACGAUAGCCCUUCUUGGAGGAGGCAAAGUGAAAGCCAUCGGACAAACCAAAAUCAAGGAAUGGUUUGUCGGGGUUCUCAGAGGAAGGAUUGGCCUCGUGCACCACAAAAAUGUGAAAGUGAUUUCGAAGGAACAAGUGAUGAGCAUGGUCGACUGCUCAUUCACCUCCAAGAAACUUCUCGAACAAAUGGCCUUUCCCUUUAAGAAACUGACGUACAUCUAUUCAGCAGUCUUGACGUUGGUGUCGGAGAAAGUUUACGACUGGAAAGCCUUAGCUGAUGCUCUAGGAUAUUCCCAUCUGUCACUGGAAGAUUUUGAUCAGAUCCAAGUGGACAAAGAGUCAGAUAGAGUUGCCUAUGUUGUGAAGAAGCUGAAGGAAGACUGCCACGCGGACAGAAAUAAGAGGAGAUUUCUCUAUGAGCUUGUUGUUGCACUGCUGAAGAUGGAUUGCCAAGGGUUAGUGGCACAUCUUAUCCAAGAUACUGUGAUUCUAACUUCAGCUGUCAAACUUGGGAAGUGCUGGAGGGAACUGGCAGAAAAGUUAGCCCGCCUCACUAAACAACAGAUUGAAGCGUAUGAAGUUCCCCAUCAAGGCAGAGCUGGUCAAGUUGCUCUAGAGAUGAUGUGGAAGCCUGCAUACGAUUUUCUGUACACGUGGGGAGCUCACUAUGGAGACAGUUACCGGGAUGUGUUACGAGAUCUGCAGUCGGCUUUGGAUAAAAUGAAAAACCCCGUGACGAAGCAGUGGCGAGAAUUAACUGGGGCACUGAUCCUAGUGAACUGUAUGGAGGUUUUGAGAGCAAAUGCCUUCCCCAUUAUGGAGAAUUAAAACUCAUCUUUGGAAGAAGAAUGAUAGGAAACAGGAUCCAUUUUUUACAAAGUUGCUGCUUUUGUGGAUCUGAAGAGAACCCGCCUGCCUCCUUCCCAGCUGCAGGCUACAGAACAGAGGCAUAAGCAGAAAAGAAGGGGUUCAUUUGUAGAUCAAAUGAACUUCCAGGUGGCGUGGAAAGCAGUCUCUUUAUACAGGAACAAACAGGAGAAACUCUCUCCACUUCUCAGAAGCUAUUGUUGCAUUGCCCAGAGUGAAGAUUAACUCUUGAAACUGGAGCCAGGAAACCCUUCUCUCCAUAGCCUAGAGAACAGGGCAAGAGAAAGGGCUGGACAGAAAUGACACAAACACUGAGAAAUCAGAUGAGGCCUAAGAAGCUCUCCUGUGCCAUUCCUCUACUGCUCCCAUUGACCGCCUUCUGGGAGACCACAAGAGACAGUAAAAAAAAAAAAUCUGUCUUUAGAGAAAGUCAGCUAUCUGAUCUCAGGCGGGGGCCUGAAGCUGGUACCAAUCUCUAAUCCCUUUAAAAUCUUAUCCAUGCCUUAGAACCUGCCUGCUUCCCUUAAAAUCUGGAAAUCGGCAUCAGACGUCUUAGUUUUCUAACAGGGGAACGAACUCAACCUAGGAAUGGAGUUAAUCCGGAAGGAGCUACAGUCACCUCCAGUUGCUUUGAAACAUCCAGAAAGCUCUGCCACUUCCCUCGCAAGCAAAUUCAUCCAAGACACACAGAUAUCCAUGGUAUAUAUUGUUUCUAAACUCUCUCCAGAUGUUGCCCAGAAUAUCAUGUUUACAUUGUGAAAGAGAAGAGAAUGUAAAUUCCAUCUAUGAACCUGAUGUUGACAGAGCAGGCCAGUGUUUAUUGAGAUGUAUUCAUCAGCUUUCUCUUAAUCAUCUGCCAAUGUUUAUAUUAUUUUGGGCCCAGAAGAUGCCAUCAGGAAUAAUCAUAUUCCCUGCCUGUCCAAAAAAGAUUCACCAAUCACAGGUAAUGGAUUGUGGGACGCAUGCUUUCUGACUGAGGGCUUAUAUUUUUGGCUAAGUCAUAGAGGCAAGAGAGUUUACAAAAGAAAUGAUGAUCUUUUGGCUAAUAAAACAAAUAAAUAAAAAUGUUUCAGUCAGUGUUAGAAGAGCAAAGUUUAACUUUGAACAAAUCUGAAAAAGCUGGCAGAUGGAGUGCUGAAUUGUGGUUUAAGAACAAUCCUUAAAGCGGCCAGUAUUUAUGUUUGAUGAUAUCAGAGCCCAGUCUGCUCUGGAAGUUACGUACACAUGUCCCAGGGCAGAAUUUAUUUUAGUUGAAUGGGAAAUCGGAGAGAAGAGGAUCCAACGACUCAAACCGGACUUUGCUAUGGAGAUGUUUUGCUUCGCUCAGACAUUUCUGACCAAUUCAUUAACAUAUCUGUAAACCCAGAUAAACUCUUAAAGAAGGACGUUUAUGAUCCAGGAGUUGCGUUUUUAUAAGACUUUGAAGGAAGGAAAUCUUUUUAGGCAGCCGAAAGUAGUUAGGGACAAAUACGUUCACCUUAUGCCACCUCUGUAUACUUUAACCCUUUAAAAGUCACUUUAUUUUUGCAUUUGGGAAAAACUGAGGAAAAGUGAAAAAAGUGGCUUCAGUCAUGUACGGAAGAGCAAGAGUUUAAUCCUGCAACAAAGGUGUCUAUGAGUCUCAGCUCCAACAUCCCGGCCUGCAUUCCUUCCCUCUGCUUCUCUUAAAUCCAUCAGCACCACUUCACUGCAGAUUUUUCUGUUUCCAUCCUUCAUUAUCAUCAUCAAUGGUAUUUAAAGAGUACUAACUAUAUGCAGAGCACUGCAGUAAGCACUUGGAAGAGUACAAUACAAAGCCUUGCCCACAGUGUGCUUAUCUUCAAAUGGAUUUUCCUAACUGUAGUGGGUUAACUGUGUACUUCUGAAUUGUCUUUGUUGUUCGGACAACCUCAUCCAAAUCAUAUUCGCAGGCAUUUUAAAACCUUCAGCCUUGUUCCUAUUCUUCACAUCACAUAACCAUCGAACCUCACUUGUGAAAAGAUGAUGGGAGGCUCGGGUAGAGGGCCAAAGACUCAGGAUUCGUGAGUUCUUUCUGUUCCACAUGACUUUAGAUCCUUCACAUAACGUUGCAGUCACUGAGUUCCUCUAUCAGGUAAAGCAUAAAUGCAUGUUCCAUUCGUGCCUGCAGAGAAAAGUUUAAGUUCCUCAAGAAAAAAACACACAUGUACCUUUAAACGAGAAGGCAACUACUAGUGAUUAUUGCUUCUUAACUACUUUUAAUGAUAUUUUAAAAGGCGGCUCUCUGAGUGUUCCUGUCAUUCAAGACCCAAGAAAGGAUGGGAGAAUGAUGGAAACUAUCACUGUGCUAAAACUAUAUGAGGAUGGAAUAUUUCUAUUAAGAUCUUAACCAUGGAUGCUAACUCUGAGCCCAUCCUAGAAGACAUCCUUCCUCAAGGCUGCAUAAAUAUGGUCUGGAACUUUUAUCUCCUGAGUUUUCCAAGUGGCACAUGACAGAGAGUUCAUGAAUGACCUGGGAUAUCAGCAACGCAUGAGGGCCCACAUUUUUUUCCUUGGCGUCCCCUUGCCCUCCUGACUAUUAUGUGCCUAUGAUGCGGAAUGGAACCUUAGGCAUGUGUUGGUCAUAUUAACCACACCCACACAUAUGGACAAGACUUGAGUCGUAUUUAUUGAGCACUUCCUGUGUGCAGAGCAUUGUACAGUAUAUCAGUAUAACAGAUAAAUUCCCCAACUACAACAAGCUAACUUGGUGAAAGAUAACACUUGUUAGGGACAGAUGAAAGUUGGUGAAGGUUGGGUUUGUAAAAAUUCUCCAAGAAUACCCGAUUGAAUUCUAGUUGCAGAAAACAUUUUGGAAAAAUCUGGGGAGCUGAGAACUCAUCUUCAACAUCUUUCACCUGGGCAGUUUUUAUUAUCUUCAUGGAUUAGAUGUGAAUACAGGCAACAGGGCUAAAUCCUAGAGAGGUGCCUCAGAGUGUUACGAUUUCUGAAGAGUAAAUUAUGAUUUUUAUACCUAUUUUGUAAUUUUUUUAUUGAAUGUGUUAAUGGAUUUUCAGACUCAGUAAAUAAAAUACCUUGCUGUCAUGGACAAA